AUGAAAACUUUGCUCUAUACGACGCUCUCUCUUUUAUUCUUCUGCUCAAUCCAAGCGCUUGCCCUGGAAGUGCGUGCUUCUCUACCCUACCCUGCUGAUGAUCCAUUUUACAGCCCCCCGGAUGGCUGGAAGGACAAACCUCUGGGCACUAUUCUCCGCAAGCGCAAAGUGGAAAUUAACUCCUUUUUUGGCCUGAAUCUUCAAGAAGCUUGGCAACUGCUUUAUCGUACUAGCUAUGUCACAAAGGAUCAGCCUACGACUUCCGUUACCACGAUCAUGGUCCCAUACAACGCCAAACGGAAUAGACUUUUGGUGAGUGGUGAGUUCGAGGAUGCGAACGGCCCACAAUGUGCACCGAGCUAUACCUAUCGCGCAGGUGUUCAAAGUGAUCCAUCUGCUACAGUUAAUAUGGCGGCCACAAUUCCUUACCUAAAAGAAGGAUAUAUUGUCACUGUUCCUGACAAAGAAAGUCGUAAGGGCGCUUUUGCCUCUGGUCAUGUGGAAGGCCAUCAAACGCUGGACGCUACUCGAGCCACUUUAGCAUUUGAUCACUUGAAUCUCACCAAGGAUAUUCGUAUUGCAGGUCAAGGUUAUUCUGGUGGUGCCAUUCAAACUGGCUGGGCUGCCUCUCUCAAGCCGACAUAUGCCCCAGAGCUUCCCUUUGUGGGAUGGUAUGCUGGUGGUCCCCCCACAAACCUCACCAGUUUGAUUCUGUCUAUCAACAAAGGCAUAUUCUCCGCUUUCCUCCUUGGUGGUGUAGCUGGCCUAUCUGAUACAUAUCCUGAAAUGAACGACUACAUUGAAGAAGUCGCAACUCAGGAAAUGAAGGAUGCAUUGGACUAUAUCCGCACACAUUGCCUGGUUGACGACUUGCUGAAAUACCCCUUCCAGGAUAUUUUCGACUACAAAUGGACCACGAAAGGUCCACAUGUUUUAGACGAUCCUCGAAUUCAGAAAGUACUCGCAGACUUGACAAUGGGUGUGAAAGAAGAGCAAACACCUGAUGCCCCUGUCUUGAUCGUGUCGGGCAAAGUCGACGAAAUCUCGCCUAAUGAAUCUGCCGAAAAGACUGCUCGUUCCUGGUGUAACUAUGGUGGUUCUGUCGAGUUUGUCGACUAUGAUACUGAUCUAUCUGCGCACUUUAUCACACAAGUCACAGCUACUACAAGGGCGUUUAAAUGGGUCCGUGAUCGUCUCGAGGGCAAACCGCUUCCAAAGCGCUGUAUUUUCACAAAGAGCUAUGAUGUUAUACUGGAUGUGGAAGAAUUGGGCGAUCAGUAUGUCGAUAUCCUGAAGAUGAUUGAUGGCUUUGCUGGUGACAAGAUUGGUCCUGGUGACAAGAUCCUCAUUUCGAAGCUUAAGAAGGGUCAACAGCGUGAUCAUAAGCGUCGUUAUUAUAAGGCAUUGUAA